AAUAUUGUGUUCAAUCCGCAUCGCACCUCACCUCGGUAUGCCUGUUCGAUGCCGUACCAUAUUGGUCAUUCUUUUGUUUUGCAUUGUUGGAGCAAACAGUCUUGUGAAUUAUGAUUCGGAUUCCGGAAGACGGUUUCUGAUAUGGGCUCUCUGCAUUGGUGCGACAAACCCAGAAAAAUGUGUGGAGACGGAAUUUUACGGACAGCAAAUUUUGGCUACAUUUGAGGCAGACUGUUCGGAUCUGAUAUUUGCCGGGAAGUGCCGAGUUGUGAUUGACGUAGAUGAUGGUUAUACACUUCUCGGAAUCACUUUCAAAUCUGAGAGCAAAAUUCAAAGCACAACGUCGACAUCUUUGAAUAAGCAGGUCCUCACGAAUUUCGGAGCGUAUGGACAAGUGCAGACCGACUUGCUGACUGCAUUCGGAAGACUAUGGAAUAGUGGCCUCGGCGCUUAUAUGAAACAGCUAUGGACUGAAUAUUGUGAUCUUUAUAUUUCGUUCAGUGGUUAUUCAAUGGGAGGUUGCCUCGCGCAGAUGGCUGCAGUGAGAUUUCAGGAAGAAAAAUGGUGGCCUGCAGAACAGAUGUUUUACUUUGGAUAUGGAUCUCCAAGAUGUGGAAAUGAAGACUUUGCAUACUAUGUUGACAGCAGUCUGGCAGAUAAGUUCAACAUUGUUUGGUUUAACGAUCAAAUCCCGGAAUUUCCCACUUCAACUUGCACAUUUGGAAGCGCCGCGGCAAUGGGUCAAUGCACAAGCAGCUACUUUUCCUGUUGUACAACUAUUCACUACACUUCUUGGUCCAGCGUAGCCUUGAACACAUACAACACAUGUGCUUCGAACAUGUGCCCGGUGACAACUCCAACUGCGUCAGACCACUACUCUUAUUUCGAAACUACGGCAGCUGAUGUUAAUAGUUUGACAUGUACCGACACAAAGAAAUUCCCUUAAUUUAAUAACUGGUGGUCAAAGAUAAAGUAUCAUUUCUCCUGUUA